AAGCUUUGAUAAGACACUUCAGGGACGAGGGGCGAAUGAAGACAAGCUAUGCAGCAGGAAUCCAGGGAUCAAUUUUCAGCAAAAAAGAAAUGUGACUUUUAGCAUCUGCUCCAGAAGUAUACAAUGGCUUGCUGGCAUCUGGAAGGACCUGUAGCUUUAUGGGCUUUCGUUUUCAUACAGUCCAUUCCUGGAUUUCACAGGAAUGGCAGUUCUGUGUGGGAAAAGGACCCCAAUUUAAGUCCUGUGAAUGAAACGCAGUUGUUUCUGUAUGACACGUUUCCUCCAGAUUUCCUCUGGGGAGCGGGGACCAGUGCGUUUCAGGUGGAGGGGAGUCAGCACAACGAUGGAAAGGGUCCCUCAAUAUGGGAACACUUCCUUCCUUCAUACCUCCAGGAUGCUUCCAGAAUGGAGGACUCGAAUGACAGCUACACUUUUCUGGAAAAAGACUUAACUGCUCUGAGUUUUUUGAAAGUUUCUUCCUACCACUUUUCCAUUUCAUGGCCAAGGCUAUUUCCUACUGGGAUGGUAACGGCUGUCAAUGAAAAAGGACUCAGCUACUACAACCGUCUCAUAGACGCUCUCAUCCACAGACAUAUUGAGCCUAUAGUCACUCUCUACCACUGGGAUUUGCCUUGGGCAUUGCAAGAAAAAUAUGGGGGCUGGGAAAAUGACUCCCUCAUUGCUAUUUUCAAUGAUUAUGCCACUUUUUGCUUCCAAGUCUUUGGAGAUCGUGUGAAGUACUGGAUUACAAUCCACAAUCCUUAUCUAAUUGCUUGGCAUGGGUAUGGCACAGGGCUUCAUGCUCCCGGAGAGAGGCGUGAAGACGCCGUCUACGUGGUAGGACAUAACCUGAUCAAGGCUCAUGCAAAAGUCUGGCAUAAUUACAACCAACAUUUUCGACCCCAUCAGAAAGGUUUUUUAUCAAUCACGUUGGGAUCCCACUGGAUUGAACCAAACAAAAUCAAUGAUGAAUUAGAUAUUAAAAAGUGUCAACUGUCAUUGCAGAAAGUGCUAGGCUGGUUUGCCAAGCCAAUACAUGGAGAUGGAGAUUAUCCUGAAGAGCUGAAGAUCGAACUUGCAUCUCUCCUACCAAAUGCUACUCCAACUGAAAAAAAUUUUUUUAAAGGGACCGCUGAUUUCUUUGCAUUUUCUUUUGGCCCAAAUAAUUUUAUACCUCCAGGCAAGCUGGCGAAAAUGGGACAAAUUUUCUCACUCGACUUGAGGGGAAUACUGAACUGGAUUAAAUUGGAAUAUAAUAAUCCUAGAAUCUUGAUUGCUGAAAAUGGAUGGUUCACCAAUAAAGAUGUAAAAACAGAAGAUACUACGGUUAUUUACUUGAUGAAGAACUUUAUUAAUAAGGUGUUGCAAGCUAUUAAAUAUGAUCAGAUUGAUGUGUUUGGUUAUACGGCUUGGUCCCUCCUGGAUGGAUUUGAAUGGCAACAUGCUUUCAACAACAGACGAGGUUUGUUUUAUGUAGAGUUUGAUAGUAAAGAGAAGGAGCGGAUUCCCAAGUCAUCUGCCUUUUAUUAUAAGCAAGUCAUUCAGGAGAAUGGAUUUCCUAUGAAGGAAUCGACCCUGACUUCCCAUGGCCAGUUUCCCUGGGAUUUCUCCUGGGGUGUGACAGAAUCAGUUAUCAAGGCAGAAUCCAUAGCUUCCUCUCCCCAGUUCUGUGAUCCCAACCUGUAUCUCUGGAACAUCUCUGGAGACGGUAAAUUCUACCAGGUGAAGGGAGUGAAAUUGAAAACCCGGCCAGCUCAGUGUACAGACUUCAUCAGUAUUAAAACACAACUUGAACUGCUGUCAAGAAUGAAGGUCACUCAUUAUAGAUUCGCUUUCAAUUGGUCGCUGCUUCUCCCCAAUGGUGAUAUGUUGUCCCUUAACCGGGAGGUUCUUCGAUAUUAUCGAUGUCUGAUUAGCGAGAUACUUAAACUCAAUGUGCAGCCUGUGGUCACCUUGUACUACCCAACCUAUCAGUCACUGAACCUGCCAGGUCCUUUACUUCAACAUGGCGGAUGGUUGAAUCAAUCCACUGUCCAGGCAUUUAGAGCUUAUGCAGAAAAGUGCUUCCAGGAAUUUGGAGACCUGGUUAGAUUUUGGAUCACAAUUAACGAGCCCAAUCGAUUCAGUGAUAUUUACAACAGCAGCAGUAAUGAUACCUAUCAAGCAGCUCACAAUUUGUUGAUAGCUCAUGCCAUGGCUUGGCAGGUGUAUGAUAAACACUAUCGGUCUUUCCAGCAGGGCCAGGUAUCUCUGUCUCUGCAUUGCGAUUGGGUGGAACCCGCCAAUCCUUAUAUUGAUACCCAUUUGGAAGCAGCGGACAGAUUCCUCCAAUUUGAAGUGGCAUGGUUUUUAGAUCCACUGUUGAAGACAGGGGACUAUCCACCAGCCAUGAGAAAGUAUCUUGGUUAUAAAAAAAGCAAAGGCCUUUCCAGUUCAUCUUUGCCUUUUUUCACGAACGAAGAGAAGCAGCUUGUCAAAGGGGCUGCCGAUUUCAUUGCUGUGAAUCAUUUCACCACUCGAUUUGUGGCCUACGAGUCAAAAAACGGGAGCCGGUAUGAAUUUGAUCAGGACAUUCAACUAAUGCAAGAUUUCACCUGCCUAAGUUCCCCCCUUCGCUCAGCAGUGGUGCCUUGGGGAUUACGCAAAGCCCUGAACUGGAUUAAAAAGCAUUACGGCGAUAUAGAUAUUUAUCUCACAGCUAGUGGGAUAGAGGAUCAGUCCAAAGACAACGAUGAGCUACGUAAAUACUAUAUUGAAAAAUAUGUGCAGGAAGCCUUUAAAGCUUAUCAUAUUGACAAAGUCAACAUCAGGGGCUACUUCGGAUUUAAGCUAACAGAUGAAAUAUCCAAACCCAAACUUGGGUUCUUCACGUCUGAAUUCAAAGCGAAAGCUUCCGUCCAAUUCUACAAUCAACUGAUCUGCAACAAUGGCUUCUCCACGCAGCCUACGAGUAAAUGUAGUCGAGAAAAGGAAAAGGCGUCCUGCACGCUCUGCCUACUUUUAAUGCAGAAAAAGCCUCUAAUAUUGUUCGGAUGCUGCCUUUUUGCUAUGCUAAUAAUGCUUCUAAAUAUUGUUGCUUUUCAUAAACAAAAGAAAAGAAAACGGCAUUGGUCAAAAUACUUCCAGCACAUCCAUGUUUCUGUUGAAACGAGACAUAAGAAAGUUCUUAGCCAGAUAUAGAUUCUUUUUCUUUCUCCAUUUGUCGACAAGGAUUAGAGAAAUUAUUGGAAACACUCCCAAGUCACUCCAAUUAGUGUUCAGCGAGAUACUUAUGAUCAGAAUGCCAAAUUCAGGAUUCUGACACAGAACCACACAUGGGUGUUUACAGGGAUCCACUCUUCACUCACUUCCUUGUUCCCUGCUCUCAAAUAUUUCCAGCUGUUUACUACAGAGAAAAUGUCCAGUCAACCAGCUUGGCUCACUUUCUUUAGCCUGAUUACACAAACCAAUCCAACAGAUGCCAUUUAAACUACUGCGAUGCCUGCACAUCUCCACACAAGAGCAACCUAUUCUUAAAAAGUGUGCAUGUUGGUUUGUUAUUUUAAUUAGAAUUCAACCAAAUGCUUUCAUUGUUUAUAUUGGGAUAACUACAGUGGGGCAAAAAAGUAUUUAGUCAGCCACCAAUUGUGCAAGUUCUCCCACUUAAAAAGAUGAGAG